AUGGAUCUACGUCAAUUUGUCUCCGGGCAGCCGGUGCUUGCAGCCGCAGUGGCAUGGCUCCUGUAUGUCAUCAGCCUCGUUGUCUAUCGGUUAUGGUUUUCCCCAUUAUCCAAGUUCCCGGGACCGAAACUGGCAGCUGCUACGCUCUGGUACGAGUUUUACUAUGAUGCCCUCUGCCAUGGCAGAUAUACAUUUGAGAUCAUGAAGAUGCAUCAGAAAUAUGGGCCCAUUGUGCGCAUCAGCCCUCAUGAGCUUCACAUCGACGAUCCAGAGUACUAUGAUGUCCUGUUCUCACGAGACAGCCCUCGCGACAAGUAUGAAUACUACACAAGACAGUUUGGCACACCAAUGGCGGCGAUCUCUACCGUAGAGCAUGCCCACCAUCGUCUGCGCCGUUCAAACAUGAACCCAUACUUCUCCAUGGGGCGCAUCCGCAAGCUGGAACCGACCAUCCAAGCCCUAGUGGAUAAGCUCUGCGCCCGCUUCAGGGAAUUCAAAGGCACGGGAACGCCCCUUGUGGUGCAGCAUGUCUAUACCUGCUUCUCAACGGAAGUGAUCUCGGGUUAUACCAUGGGAAGCGGUUUUAACUAUUUGGAUGAGCCUGAUUUCGUCCCCCAUUGGUGCGAUACCUUGAGCGGCAUUGCCAAAGCCACCGUCUUCUUCAAGCAAUAUCCCCUACUACUGCAUAUUAUGAAAGCGCUACCAGAAAACUUCGUUGGGAAGAUGGACCCGGGCAUGAAUCUAAUGUUCAUCUUCCAGCGCCGGUGCAAAGUUCUCAUCGACUCAGUCAUCGCAGAGCACGCUGCACCUGAUUAUGCAGAAAAACGAAAAUCGUAUGACCACCCAACCUUUUUCCACGACAUACUUGAAAGUAAUCUCCCACCAGAGGAGAAGGGCCCGGAGCGGUUGUCGCAAGAGAUCCAGGGUGUGAUCGGUGCCGGCUCUGAGACGGUUGCCAAGACCCUCAGCUGGCUGACAUACUACCUGGUUGCGAACCAAGACAAACUGGACAAGCUGCUCGAGGAGCUGAACAGACUGGAUCCGGACCAGACUGCCUCCUUUGUGGACUUUGAGAAGAUGCCGUACUUGACGUCUGUCAUGCUGGAAGGCCUGCGACUGUCAUAUGGCGUCAGCUCUCGGCUCCAGAGAGUUGCCCCUGAUCGUAAUCUUCAGUAUAAAGAAUGGUCCAUUCCGGCUGGUACCCCCGUGGGCAUGACCAGCGUGAUGAUGCAUCACAACGAAGAUAUAUUCCCCGAUUCGCACAGUUUUAUACCCGAGAGAUGGCUUGAUCCCGCACAGCGAAGAUACCUAGAAAAGUAUCUCGUCGCGUUCAGCAAAGGUUCUCGACAGUGCGUUGGAAUAAACCUGGCAAGAGCCGAGUUAUUGCUUGCCAUCCCCAAGCUUUUCCGUCAAUUGAAAUUUGAGCUGUACGAGACCACGGUCGAGGACGUGACCCUCGCGCACGAUCUCUUCCUCCCGUUCCCCAAGAAGGGGAGCAAGGGCGUGCGAGUACUUGUUGUAUAG